AUGGCAGAACUAGAUAGCAUCAACGUAGCAAUACGACCAUACCUUGUUGGUGUUGGGUUAGAAAAAUGGGCAAGAGCAUAUUCAACUGAAAACAGGUACUGGACAAUGACAUCGAAUAUUGCUGAGUCUUUUAAUGCAGCAAUCAAAUCAGCAAGGGAAUUACCAGUUGCAACACUUCUGGAAUAUUUGAGGGUAUUAGUUCAAGAGUGGAGCUACAAAAAUAGAAACAUAGCUUCUUAUACUAUGACAAAACUGACAAAUAAAGCAGAAGAAGCACUUAGGGAAAACUAUUCACUAGCUAGAAGAAUGAUGGUAACAUCAGAUGUUAUUUCAAAUAUAUUUAUACAUUUAACUUGUAGAAUAAUUUUAGUAAUUUUCUAG